CCCCCCUCCCGACGCCUCCUUCACGAGAGGCCGCGCCGCCCUCCGCGCGCGAUCGCCUGCGAUCGCCAGGCGCGACAGGAGCGCAGCACCUAGCAUCAGAAAGAAGAAGGGUACCAACGCGCACGGGGGGUGGCACGAAACCCAGGCCACCCGACCGCGGAAACUUUCGGUGGCACCUCCUUGAGAGCACGGGGGGCUAGCAGGCCGGGUCGAACCGAAGCCUGACUGCGGCCAAGGAUUCAGGCAGAAAGAAGCCUGAUCAAGCCAUGCUGGGCACAACUAGCUUGGAUUGGCACCGCACCUCUGAAAUGCAAGGGCUGAUGCUUGGCUUAACCUCCAAGGAAACUGAAUGUUGAGAAACUGCUCGCCUGCACAUGCGAGGCGAGCACUGCAGGAUCUAAGGGGGGAGCAGCUGGAGGAUGGCGAGGCCGAAGGGGCGGCAGCAGGAGUAGGAGUACAGGAACACGCGGAUGGCGAGGACGAAGGCCAGGAACAGAAACUCUCUCCCGAGAUCGCAUUGAAACGCAUGCCCAAGUUGCACAAACAUGCAGCAGCUGCCGGUGGGCGCGACGACGGGCGGGGUCACACCGCGCGGAGACCAGCAAGAGCGAACGGCACAAUGCAAAGAAAGGUGGGCACAAACGAGUUCAAUGCGUUCGAGCGGGCGUCGGCCCAAACGACGCUCACUCGCAGCCCCACCCUCACAACCCAAGGAUAACACAAAUUCGAGCUUGCGAUGCGGUCCGAAAUGACCCGAAAUGGAUUUCAAACAAUGUGGCCAGUCCCUCUGAUACUGAGUGCUUACACCCAAUGCGCCAGAAUGCAAGCAACAUGCGUGAUUGCCAUUGCUGAAUGCGCGCGCACGGAGCCUGACCAAUCGGAAACAUGUUACGCAACAUCAUGACUUCCCCAAUCGGAAAUACGGCUUAUAGGGUACUAACGUCUCCCGUGCAAUACCAAGCGUCCAUUGCGCAGGAACGGCUCUUCAGCGCACCGUGUUACGUACCCAACAGGCGCAAACGUGAACAAUCGCAAAAUAAUCCCGCAUCCGUUGUGGCUCGGCUUGGUGAGCAUAGCGCCACAUACCAUUAUAUGUUUGCAGAACCAGCAUAAAUAGUCGCAGCCGUGCAAUAGUCGCGCGUGUCAACUGUGCAAUUGAUUUCGUGAGGUGCACGAUGGCGCCCGUGACUCACGCAGAAAUAGUAGCACGAAGGGUAACGCAAUCGCGAGAGACAGCAAAUUGGAAAUACAUGCUGGAACACGUGACAGCCUGAAGCUACAGCCAGCGUACCAAGCUGCAACCAACCACUAAGCAUGCACGCUGUCAUAUCGAAAUGGUGCUCGUGCCCCUGACCCUCGAGAGACAUUGCCCACCUCGGCCCCAAAGCCCAAGCCCUACUCCAGCGGCCACAUUGCCAGUCUCCCAUCAGCU